CCAAAUCGGUUGGUUCGUCAUAGGUACCCGCCCCAUGUUUUGACAAACAGCGGGUCUUGUAUUUUACUUCACUCUCUCUCUCUCUCUCUCUCCCCUCCGGCGCGGCGACUCUCUCCGUCGUCUCUGACCACGGUUCCGGCUAGCUAUAGCAUGUGCUUGGAGAUGCAAUUCAUGUUCCAUGGCAAGCCGCAUUCAGGUUCAUUUGUUCAUGGCAGCUCGCCACUCUUCCCUGGUUGUCUGAAAUAUCUCAAUUGUCAAAAAAAAUUCCAGAUAUUUAAUUGUUCAUAUCAUCCCCUGCAAUGCAAUAGAGUCAUAGAUUUUGAUGUUAAUGCAAUUGGGAGUAGUUCAAAUACCAUCAAGAGCUCAAUUUCACACCCAUGUGGUUCCGAAACUAGAGAGGAACUUUCCCGCGAGGGAUACAACAAUCUUAUAUGUGAGCUGUGCAGAGUGGGGGAUGCUGAUGAGGCUAUGGCAUUGCUUGCCCAAAUGGAGGCUCUGGGCUUUCGUCCAAAUGCAGUAUCUUACACUUUCUUGAUUACAGCUCUUGGAAAUGUUGGCAGGACUUUGGAGGCUGAUGCAAUUUUCCAAGAUAUGAUACGUUUAGGGUUUAAGCCUGGGCGAAAGGUGUACAAUGUCUUGCUCAGAGGCUUCUUGAAGAAAGGCCUCUUAAGGCUUGCAGAUAAGGUUCUAGUGGCAAUAGAUGAUUUGGGUAUUAGGAGGAAUCAGGAAACAUAUGAGAUCCUUCUAGAUUAUUAUGUCCAUGCUGGGCGCCUGCCAGAUACCUGGUCAGUUAUUGGUGAGAUGAAACAAGAGGGGUUACAACUAAAUUCAUUUGUGUAUAGCAAGGUUAUUGGACUUUACAGGGACAAUGGGAUGUGGAAGAAAGCAAUGGGCAUUGUGAGAGAAAUAAAGGAGACGGGGGUGCCACUGGACAAGAGGAUUUACAAUAGCAUCAUCAAUACAUUUGGGAAAUAUGGCGAGUUAGGAGAAGCCUUAGAAGUGUUUGAGAAAAUGCAACAAGAAGGCAUAAAACCUGACAUCACAACAUGGAAUUCGUUGAUCAAGUGGCAUUGCAAGUUUGGGGAUGUUGCUAAUGCUCUUGAGUUGUUUGCAAAGAUGCUAGAACAAGGGGUAUAUCCUGAUCCAAAGAUCUUCAUUACCAUCAUUAGUCGUUUGGGGGAGCAGGGAAAUUGGGAUAUGAUGAAGAAGAACUUUGAGAAUAUGAAAUGUAGAGGGCAUAAAAAAAGUGGAGUCAUUUAUGCUGUUUUGGUUGAUAUUUAUGGUCAGUAUGGAAGAUUUUUGGAUGCAGAAGAAUGCAUAAAUGCUUUAAAGUUGGAAGGCAUUCAGCUUUCAGCUAGUGUCUUUUCUGUGCUGGCAAAUGCUUAUGCCCAACAGGGAUUAUGUGAACAGACUGUAAAGGUUCUUCAACUCAUGGAAGUAGAAGGAAUUGAACCAAACCUUGUAAUGCUGAAUGUAUUAAUCAAUGCAUUUGGUAUUUCUGGAAGGCUUUCGGAGGCAUUAUCUGUUUAUCACAGUAUAAAAGAAAGUGGUGUUAGUCCUGAUGUGGUUACCUAUAGCACACUUAUGAAGGCAUUUAUGAGAGCAAAGAAGUUUGACCAGAUCCCUGUAAUAUACAAGGAGAUGGAAUCUGCUGGAUGUACACCGGAUAGGAGGGCUAGAGAAAUGCUGCAAAAUGCGUUAAUGGUCCUUGAACAGAGACACUUAUAGUGUUACAUUUGAUCUCCAGCUCCUUUGCCUCUGCCUGUAACAGACUGUAUAUAUAAUCAUACUCCAGAGUACUUCUAAUACUCGUAAUCACCACGAUUUCUGGGAUUCCAAUCAUAUUGCUGAAGCAGCACCAAACUUGAAGUUUUGGGAAUUGUGGUUGCAGUGUCAAAGAAUGGUGAAUGACAAGAACUGGACUGUUUUCUCUUCCCUCCCAAGUCGCAACUUAGCUGGUCAAACUGCAAAUUGAGCAUUGGUUUGGAUCUCUGAGAUACCAAAAGGCAUGUCCUUUCCUAGAACAUAUAUUCUACAGAUGAUCAGAUGAUAUGCCCGGUUCAAUGUCCACCAUAGAGCCAUAUGCGUGUCAUAAAAAAACCAGUGAUUUUAAGGUGAAGAAACUGAAUUAUCAACUAAGGAUUUGGAAUGUGAAUCUUGAAAUUGAAUAAUUGCAGGAGGCUCAACAAUAACUGGAAACAAGAAAACAAAGCUGAAGUGUUUGAAUGUGCAACAUCAAUGUUGUCUCCAUCCGUUAUGCUACAAGUCACAAAGUUGAGAUUGGUUCCCAGAGAAGAUGCGCUCGGCUUACAAAAGCAUAUCAAACUGCUGCUGUUCUAUUUGAGGUUUUGAAGGCUGUUAAUCUGACAGAAUCUCUUGAAGUGGCAGAUGAGAUUUUGGAAGCUCACAGUAAGGUUGAGGAAAAGACUGCGAUAUAUGUAACUUAUAACAUACUUCCUCUUGAUCCUGACAGCUCAAAUCAAGCAAUCAUGAAAUAUCCUGAGAUUCAAGUUUCUGUUUCUGCACUUCAAAACACCAGAGGGCUGCCAUGGCCCAAGGGCCACAAGAAGAAAGUAGAUGAAGACAUUCUAGACUGGCUUCAGGCUAUGUUUGGAUUUCAGAAGGAUAAUGUGGCAAAUCAGAGGGAGCACUUAAUAUUGUUGCUGGCAAAUGUGCAUAUUCAGUGAUUUCAGCCUGAUCAGCAGCCCAGGUUGGAUGACACCGCACUUACAGAAGUUAUUAAGAAACUUUUCAAAAACUACAAAAAAUGGUGCAACUAUUUGGGUCACAAAAGCAGUCUUUGGUUAGACUUCAGCUACAAAUCUAACAAUUGGGGCGUCGGCCUUCCACCAAAAGAAAAAAAUGAAAAAAACUGGCCCCUAAUUAAACCAAGAUUAGCAGAUCCAUCCUUCAAGCCUCAGAGUAGUCACAUUCUUGCUGCUGUAGAGAAUUUUUUAAAUGUGUUACAAAUUAGGUACUCUUCACCACUUUUCUGAUUGAGGACAGCAAAUGCCAUCCAGGUGCAAUGUGGUGAUGUGGAAUUUGAAAAGAAAAUCGAUGAGAAGAUUGGCCAGUUCACCGAUAGAGUGGAGAAACACCCGAGCAAGAAAAUUGAUGAGAAGAUUGGCCAGUUCUAGAUUGUAUUUUUUUCAUAAAAGAACUUUAUCCAAGUUUUUAGUUGAAUAACUUUCACGUAUGGCUCCAAUUUUGAGACUCAAAUGGAAUGUUCAAUUAAACUACAAUGCGCUCCAAUUUUGAGACUCAAAUGGAAUGUUCAAUUAAACUACAAUGCUAUAUUGUUUGAAUUCUUGUCAUUGCUAUUCCUAGAGUGCUUAACGGUACACUUUUUUCUUUUU